AAUAGAAUGUGUGAAGUUGAUAUUUAGUCGAUAGUUUAUUCAAAGGUGAAUGCUGCGGGCCUCAUCUCAUUUUGUACCAGUAAGAAUGACUCCCGGCAACGAUUUCUCAAACAUUCUGAUCUUAUCUAAAACAAAAGCUUUUCUCAAAUGUUACCUUUAAAAUGUGUAUCAAAAUAAUGUCUUAAUCGAACAAGCAUCAUUUUCCGCGCCCGACUUUUCGCCCAAAGGAGGGGAUAUUAGUGGUUUUAAACGGAAAAUCACAGGAUACAGAUUUAACCAAUUCACUUAAGACAAAUGUUUUUAAAAAUUAAAAUAAGAAUGACUGGUGUAAGGUGAUGUGACUGUAUCACACCACGUAAUAUGGGAUAUAUAUUUUUUCUUACAUACGGACUUUUCUUUGUAUUUGCUGUGAAUUGUAUACCAAGCUUGACUGGGACAGAUGGUAUGAAAUGUGGUUCGGGCCAGUGCUUAAACAAUACAGUAUGUUGUCCUGGUGAAAAAGAAUGUUGCAGUGACCUUGAACUUUGUUGUGGAAAGCACUGCUGUCGUCAUGGUUACGAAUGUUGCCACGGAAGCCCAAGAUGCUGCAAGUCUGCAUCAAGCUGUUGCGGAGAUUCUGUGUGUUGUCCAGACAACUCUAAGUGCUGUCCAAACAAGAAACAUUGUUGUCCUGUAGGAUACACAUGUUGUGAUGACACGAACGGGUGUUGUCCAGAAAAAUCACAUUGCUGUGGAAAAUAUUGUUGCGCUGAAAAUACGAAGUGUUGUCCUAACGGCACCGGAUGUUAUAAAGAGGGUUAUCAUUGCUGUGGCAACGGGCUAGCUUGUCCUGCAGGGGCGGAAUGUUGCGGACAUGAAUGUUGUGCGGAGGGAUACAAAUGCUGCGGUUCUCAGUGCUGCCUUUCAAACUCGGGAUGCUGUGGAAACUCUUGUUGUAACAUAACACAAAAACCCCAUCUUACUGGUGUAACCAUCUCUGUUAGUAGCCUGUUCAGCCAAUCAGCUUUAAGCAAAGAAAAACCGUACAUACGACCAACCAAGCAGACCGAGACAAACCUUGGCGGCAAUUCUGCGAAGCCUGUAGAUACAUCAACGGACUGGUCGUACUUGAUUUUUCCAGCUGCUGGAGUUAUUGCAGUGGUUAUAGUUCUGAUAGCUUGUUGUGUAGUGAUAAAACGUUCGUCUGGAAGUGGUGGAGUGAGCGUGAAAGUUCGGGAGUACGCACAGAAAAUGAAAGAAAUGAUGGUGAAAAGCUACUAACUGUGUUUAAGAGUAACUUACAAUAAUAAAAUGCCUUUCUGAAAUGUGAUUAGACAAUUUUUCAAGUGUCCACCAAGAAAUUUCUAGCAAAGCAGUCUAUUAGCUGAUGCACUGAAAUGUUGGAUGAUUUCACAAUGGCAAUUUAAUUUUCUGUGAUAAAGAUUCUGUUUUUUUUUUUUGUUCAGAAACUGUAUAACAUGUUACGUUUAUAGAUACGAAUAUAUACAAUCUGAGCGGGCUCACUAUGGUAUGAUUUAGUGGUUACAUUAAGGUAGCAGGGUACACUUAGAUUCGAAAAUUUUGGGCACGGCCAGGCUUACAUGUAGCGGGUCGUAAUAUUGUACUUCCCUAAUGAGCAGAAUCAGGGUGGCCAUUUUAUAAAUUAUGCAUGUGCAUGUUUUGUGCUUUUAAUUAAUGACAAGAUCAGGACUCUCAUACAUGAAUGCAGAAAGUUAUACACCAUCCAUUAAAAAUAGCAUGCCAAAAUCAACAAUUUUGCACUUUUUGAACAGCCUGCAAUGAUCCCGUUGCAGGAACUAUGUCCAAUUUCAUUGCAUUUCUCUCUCAAUAUAAUAGUCUCUACUGAACUACAGGAUAUUAAUGGAAUGGGGGCCCAUCCAUCUCGUUUUUUUUUCACAAAAUAGUAAAACUGCGCCCGAGUAUCAACAAGCGUGGAACCCUUCUAUGAUUUGAAUUUCCCGCGCCAAUGUGACUCAUCGAUUCAUACAAAGCUAGCAGCAGUUAGUUUUACAACUGACAUCAGAAUUUUACAUGUAUCAGCUGUUUAAAUUUUCUAAAGAAUUAACAAUCAUUAUUUACAGACAUCCAAAAUCCCGAAGUUCUAAUUAUUACAAAUAUUGAAUUCGAAGUGUACCCAGCUACCUAAUUCCAGACCAUGUUUUAUCGUAAUUGCUGUUUAAGUAAACGCAGCACCAACUUGGUUAAUUACAGCUCUUGUUUAUCUCGAAAACUAAACUUUGCUUAAUUUACGUUUAAAAGGUAUGUGGCUCUUUAGUAGUUGUAGACCACAUUGUCUCGGACCAGUCAUUUCGGUUUGGCCGUUAAAACUCUUUACUAUUUUAACACUAGUUCGAACAAUUAAGCUGAUACAAGUGUUUUCCAAAAGCGCGACUGUCACACUUUAAAGAUAUCCCAAACAAACCUAUUUCGCUGCUCAUAUGUUCUUGCAGCAUACGUUUACAUAUUGCAGGUAACAAACGGCUUUUUCCGUGGGUUGUACAUUGUCAUGUAUUAUUCAUAUAUUCAACUAUUUUGCACUUACUAUUUGUUUAAUGUGAAGGAUAAACACUGGACUAUAAACUUACAUUGUACAUACAAUAAUAAAAGACUGAUAUAAAAUUGUUUAUUUAAAUAAAAUGAUAUUUUUA